GUCCAAACGCAGAGGAAGAGCGCUUGUCUUCCAGCAUCAUCAGUUUCCAUCACAUCACUCCUCUGCACACUACAAACUGGAUUAGCUCCAGAUAUUUCCUCUUGUAUUGACAUCUAACGCCAGAAUGUCUGACAAGAGUGAGUUGAAGGCUGAACUUGAGAGAAAGAAACAACGGAUUGCACAGAUUCGAGAGGAGAAGAAGAGAAAAGAAGAGGAAAAGAAAAAGAAAGAUGUGGAUUCAAAGCGUGGGGGAGAGGCAUCCGGUCAUGAAGACUCAGAUCUUGAGAGGAAAAGGAGAGAGGCGGAGGCUUUGCUGCAGAGUGUUGGCAUCACUCCUGACAUACCACAUGUCCCCGCCCCCAUGUCUCCCUCCAACAAAUCAGUGGGCAGCGACGCAGGAAGCCAGGACUCUGGGGAUGGCAAUGCAGGACCAAGGACUUUGCACUGGGAUCCUGACCCCUCCACUCUGCAGCUGCACUCCGAUUCUGAGCUGAUUGGACGUGGAGCACUGAGGCUGGGUAUGUCUAAAGUAACCCAAGUGGACUUCGCUCCUAAAGAACUGGUGUCCUACUCUAAAGAGACUCAGACCCCCACCGAAGCCCAUACUGAUCAAAAAGCAGAAGAUGAUGAAGAAGAGGAGAUAACGGCUCCUCCUCCAUCAGAGGAUAAUCAAGAGGAGAAAGGUGACCAAGGAGACCACCAAGAAGAAGAUACACCCAAAGAGCUGACUGAGGAGGAGAAGCUCCAGGUCUUGCACUCAGAGGAGUUUGUGUCAUUUUUUGAGCGCGGCAGCAGAAUUGUGGAGAGAGCUUUAGCUGAGCAGGUUGACGUUUGCUUCGACUACAGUGGGAGGGACUUGGACGAUAAGGAGGGGGAGUUGCAAGCUGGGGCAAAGCUUGUUGUGACCAGAGAGUUUGCAGAUGAGCGCUGGACUAAGAACAGAGUGGUAACCUGUCUAGACUGGUCCCCACAGUAUCCCGAGCUGCUAGUGGCCUCAUAUAACAACAACGAAGAUGCCCCUCAUGAGCCUGAUGGGGUGGCUCUGGUCUGGAAUAUGAAAUACAAAAAGGGGACACCUGAGUACAUCUUCCAUUGCCAGUCUGAAGUUAUGUCAGCUGGUUUUGCCAAGUUUCAUCCCAACCUGGUAGUGGGUGGAACAUAUUCAGGACAGAUAGUUUUAUGGGACAAUCGGAGCAACAAACGUACACCAGUGCAGAGGACUCCCUUGUCUGCAGCUGCACACACUCACCCAGUGUACUGUGUGAAUGUCGUGGGCACACAGAAUGCAAACAAUCUGAUCAGUAUUUCCACCGACGGCAAGAUGUGCUCCUGGAGCCUGGACAUGCUCUCCCAGCCACAGGACAGUUUAGAACUGGUGUUCAAACAGAGCAAAGCUGUGGCUGUCACAUCAAUGGCUUUUCCUCUGGGAGAUGUCAACAAUUUUGUGGUGGGAAGUGAAGAUGGCUCUGUCUACACUGCCUGUCGCCAUGGGAGUAAGGCGGGCAUUACUGAGGUGUUUGAGGGCCACCAUGGUCCUGUGACAGGCCUGAGCUGUCACAGUGCUGCUGGGCCAGUGGAUUUCUCCCAUCUCUUCAUAUCCUCGUCAUUUGACUGGACUGUGAAAUUGUGGAGUACCAAGAGCACGCGGCCACUGUACUCAUUCGAGGACAGCUGCGAUUAUGUGUAUGAUGCCAUGUGGUCACCAACUCACCCUGCGCUGUUCGCUUGUGUGGACUUGUCCGGACGCCUGGACCUUUGGAACUUGAACAAUGAUACUGAAGUCCCUACUGCGAGUGUGUCUGUAGAGGGGGCUCCCGCUCUCAAUCGUGUCAGAUGGGCUCAUUCAGGAAAAGAAAUAGCUACUGGAGAUUCUGAAGGGAGGGUGCAGGUUUAUGAUGUUGGAGAGCAAAUUUGUGUGCCUAAAGCUGAUGAGUGGACCCGGUUUGUCAGAACACUAGCAGAGAUCAACGAGAAUCGAGAUGAAGCAGAGGAGCUGGCCAAUGCCUAAUGUUACGCACCUACAAAUUAUCAGCUCUGUAUAGUACACUCAACACUAAGCACACUGCACACUGACUAAGAGGACCUUACUCUGAUAUUCUGCUUUUACCCAUUUCCACCUGGCCUGAGAAGUGCAGGGAUACAAGUUAGAAAACAUUUGAAUGUGUCUCUAGAGAUUAGACUUAAACUGUAAAUGGCUCAAUUAUUGAACUUGUAGAAUUGUAUUUGGUAAGUAAAAUCUUUGAAAAGGGAUUUGCCAUGUAAUGCUUAAAUGCUGAGACCCUCAGGACCUUGAAUACCACUCCUCUGCUAAAGACAACUUUUACUUGUGCAAACCUUUUUACUUGGCACCUUUUAUUUCUUUAUUGCAAAGGGUUUUGCUUUUGUUUUAACCAUUUCCUCAGUGUUAACCACCACUGAAGCGGUAUAUUACUACUCUGAACUACACAGUAGUAUGUGUGCAACUUCAUGAAUUUUAACCAGAUAUUUAUUAUUUAUGUACAUUUUUUGUUUAUCUCUUAACAUUUAGAUACUAGAUUCCUGAAAUUAAAGCAAGUUUUGCGUAGUUUUUUUUAACACUACACUGAUUUGCAAUUUGUUUCAACAACUUGAGAGUACAUGUUCUGAUUUCUUGUGAAAUCUCAUGCGAGUUUCAGGUCAAAUAAAUAUUUGCAAUACUCUCAAUUAGUAGCUGGCAAUAAGUACAGAAGUAAUUUUACUCUACAUUUCCAUUUUCCAUUUGGUAAGCCUUUUUCCAACACAUUUCAAUUUGAACCAAACUUAACAGAAAUACUGUAAUUUCAACUUUAUUCCCUCCACACAGCAUUGUGAUAUUGCAAAAAUAUUGAAAAAUAUUUACUGAAAAUACUUUGUCCAUCUUUACUGUAUUCCCUUUCUAACAAUGUCAUUGUGGCACUUAAACAAACUCGAGGCAUUUGUAAAAUCAAACCCAUGAUUUUAAUCAAUAAAAUACAAUGACAUAAUUG